CCUCACACUCCAGUCCGGUUGGUGGCGGUAAUGCGGCUCUAAGCUGAUUUGCCAACCGCCAAUAAACACAAAGAAGAAGAAGACGACACAAACAUGGCCGAUGUUCCCGAUAAUGCGCCGGAGCACUGCCCAGGGACUCAGAGUGAGAAAGCAGGAAAGAGCACGGCAUGUCAGGGCUGUCCCAACCAGACACUGUGUGCCUCUGGAGCCACCAAGGCCCCCGACCCAGCCAUAGCAGAGAUCGGAGUGAAGUUGUCAACAGUCAAACACAAGAUCCUGGUGCUGUCGGGCAAAGGAGGCGUGGGAAAGAGCACCUUCAGCGCUCACUUGGCUCACGCCCUGGCUAGUGACAUCAAUAAGGAGGUGGCUGUGCUGGAUAUCGAUAUCUGUGGUCCAUCCAUUCCCAGGAUCAUGGGCUUGGAGGGAGAACAGGUCCACCAGAGCGGGUCAGGCUGGUCUCCUGUGUAUGUGGAGGACAACUUGGCCGUCAUGUCUAUCGGCUUCCUCCUUAGCAGUCCUGACGACGCUGUCAUCUGGAGAGGACCCAAGAAGAAUGGCAUGAUCAAGCAGUUCUUGAGGGAUGUUGACUGGGGGCAACUGGAUUACCUCAUCGUAGACACACCCCCUGGCACCUCUGACGAGCACCUGUCAAUCGUCCAGUACCUAAGUGCCACCCACAUCGACGGAGCUGUGAUCAUCACCACACCUCAGGAGGUGUCGCUGCAGGAUGUGCGCAAGGAGAUCAGAUUCUGUCAGAAGGUCAAGCUGCCAAUCAUCGGAGUGGUGGAGAACAUGAGUGGCUUCGUCUGUCCCAAAUGCAAGAACACGUCGCAGAUCUUCCCUGCCACCAGUGGGGGCGCUGAGCGGAUGUGCUCGGAUCUAAAUCUGCCUCUGUUAGGCAAGAUACCCCUGGAUCCCAGGAUAGGACGGAGCUGUGACGAGGGGAGGUCUUUCUUCAACGAGGUGCCCGACUCCCCUGCUACCAAAGCCUACCACAGUAUUGUGCAGAGUAUCCAGGACUACUGUUCCAACCAUGUGACGGAGGAGCAGAGCUGAAGAUGGUGCAAUGGCUGCCAUGUUGGACCAGGGGCCGUUCACAUGAUGAGGGUCUGAUAGAUUCAUUAGGAUUGUGAUCAUAAACUAAUGAUAAAUUAAGGACACACUCUACGGCCAAAUGCACUGAAUCGCCCAUAGCGGUGAUACAGUAACAUGCAGCAAAGCCUGCCAGAAUAAACCCUCAUUCUCUCUCACCAACUUCAUUAUAAUGCAUCACUUGCUGGUCACCUUUCUAGGCUGGGUAGAUCUCACAGAGCAGUGAUUCUUCUUUGUUCACCACUGUGAGGCAAAUGCAACGUGUCAAGUAAAACAGUGACGUGUAAAAAUAAAAACAAUACAAAAUCCUCAAUAUAAAUAAGUCUAUAAUUCAUGAUUUUUACAUGAUCAAAAGCAGAGAUGGAAAUGAAACCAGUCAAAACAUUCCCCCAACCACCACCGAAAGGCAAAAAAAAAAACCCUGUUACACAAGGUACAUGAAAUAGUGUCUGUGCUUCAUCUCCAAUAAAUACACGCUUUGAUCCCUGAAGGGUUUUUGAUUCAACAAGCAGUUUGAGAGAUGGUACAACUGAAUUCUCCUGUGUCCCAGGUUGAGACCACAUUCAUAUUUAGAUCAAAAUGUUACUCUACCUCAGGAAUUCACAAACCAUGAAUUGAGGCAUUAGUUCAAUCUCGCCUUCACUUUGUUGAGAAGAAAGGGAUCAGAGGUGCAACUCUCCAUGACAGCACCAGCUUCAUUAGUGGUAAAAUUGGCGAGAGUUGUUGUGGAGAGAGUGUUUGGGUUAGUUUUUUUUUUUUGUUGUUGUUUUUUUUUCAUAUGAUGCUGCGUCAUCAGUGAUUAUAAUCAGUCUGUUUAUGAAAAGAAAAAUCCCACUUCUUGUUUUUUUUUAGCUCAUGUCUAGUGAAUUGGGGUGGCUUAUAUGUUUAGAAAUAUGUGCACUGUCCACAGCUGGAAAUUACCUUUGAUAUAUACCAGUAAUAAAGGUUACAGGAGUCUGACAAAUCCUAAACCGCUGACCAAAUGGGUUCAGGAUAUGAAAGUGUUACCAGCAGCGUUCAACCAAUUAAUGUCGCCCUGCACACUGGCCACAAGUGUUAUUACUUGCAAUGAAAAUGUCCCUGAUUUAUCCUUGUAAUGAAAUGAUUGAGUCGAGCUUGAUUUGAUGCAAUACUGGUGACAACAUGACCAGUGAAGGUUGCUGAAAAUUACUAUGUGAUUCCCAGUUGUAAAUUUACUUGUUUACAUGAGUAUUGUAUUGCUUUGUUAUAGUUUAUUGAACGGAUGUUGCUUCCUAUGGUGCACUUGCUUUAAUUGACUAAUAAAAUAAAUUAUCUCAAAACAUGAAA